AUGGACAACUCCGGGUACAGAAAAUGGGAUGGCAGCCCUGAAGGAGUCCCCGGAGGGCAGUGGGGACGCUGUGGGCAGAAGUCCCUCGUAGUGACUGUGGUUCUUGUGGCCGCUGGCGUGCUGUGGUCCCUGGUUCUGAGUGUCCUAUUGUCCAAGGCCUCCUCAGAGCUCGGGGUGUUACUCGGUCACCAAGACCUACUGAGGACAAAUGCAUCCAAGCAGGCAGAGGUACUGAACAGUCUGCAGGAGGGGGUCGGAACUUGCAAGACCUGCUGCUCCGAGGUGAAGGUCCAGCUGCAGACCACGCGUACCGAGCUCGGGGAGGCGCAGAAGAAGCUGAUGGAACUGGGGAGCUCCCUGAAUGAACUGCGCGAACGCGUGACCAAGGACACGGCCCAGGCGGGCCGGGACCGCGAGGACAUCCGCAGCGAGCUGCUUCGGGCCCUGGAGGCGGCCAAGUUUGGGAACAACUCCUGCGAGCCGUGCCCCACGUCGUGGCUGCCCUUCGCGGGCUCCUGUUAUUUUUUCUCGAAGCAGCAAGACAAGUGGGAAAAGGCGCAGAUGAACUGCGGGAACACGGGGGCCCACCUGGUGCUGGUGGGGGACCUGGAGGAGCAGGCCUUCCUGAGUCAGAACACCCGUGGGCGCGGCUACUGGCUGGGCCUGAGGACCGUGCGGCGCGCCGGCAAGGUCCAGGGCUACCAGUGGGUGGACGGCGUCCCGCUCACCUUCAGCCACUGGAAUACGGGGGAGCCCAAUGACUCUCGGGGGCGCGAGGAUUGCGUCAUGAUGCUGCACUCGGGGCUCUGGAACGACGCGCCCUGCGAGAACGAGAGGGACAGCUGGAUCUGCGAGAAGAGGCGCCGAUGCUGA